CACACACACACACACACACACACACACACACACACACACACACACACACACACGGAAGCAGCAGUGUGCAGCUCGACGGUGUCACUAAUUAUCCAACUGGACGACUGAAACGCGGAGGAUGAGUGAUGGUGACAGCGAAAAAAAGGGAGGAUCUUCCUCUGCGGCGCCUCCAAUCUCCAAAACCAGAAGCUGUAAAGAACAGUCUUCACAAGCAGACGACCUCAAACCAGGACCGAGGAACAUCUCUGUCAAUCUGAGUGAGACGGAGUCGGAGGAACUGGAGCGGUUCUGUGCUGAACUGGAGAGUCCACAACAGACAGUGGAGAUUCUGAGACUGAUUGAUGGAAGCUUAUCAAAGAGAUGCUGUUUGGCAUUGACCUCAGCGCUGGAGGCAAAGCCGUCCUCUCUGAGAGAGCUGCACCUGAACGGGGUCAAAUUCCACAAUGGUGAUCAACUGAAGCUGCUAUGUGAUGCACUGGGAAGACAGCACUGCAGAAUCCGGACUCUACGGCUCGUGGACUGUGACUUAAGGUGGGACAGUUGUGUCUAUCUGAGCAGUGCAAUUAUGUCUAAUCCCUCCCAUCUGAAAGAGCUGGACCUGAGCGUAAACCAGCUGGAGGACGUAGGAAUGAAGCACCUGUGUCGGGGACUGAUGAAGAAGAACUGCAUGCUGGAAAGGCUAAAGCUAACGUCUUGCCAUUUGUCAGGGAAGGGAUGUACAUAUUUGAAGCCUCUGUUGAUGUCCAAACAUUGUCAUCUUCAAAACCUGGAUCUGAGCUGCAACAGUCUAAAAGAUGACGGGAUAAAGGAGCUGUCUGUUGGACUGAGCAGUCCAAACUGUAGACUGAGCAGUCUGAGUUUGACUCACUGUGAGGUCUCAGAUGAAGGCUGGGCGUCUCUGGUCAAAGCUCUGAAGAAGAGGUCCGUUCCUCUCGACGAGCUGGACCUCCAGGGAAAUGACUUGAGCUUUGAUGGAAUGAAGAGUCUGAAUGAAUACAAGAUGGGUUUGGGGAUUGGAGAAGGUUUGAGUAAGAAUCCUGUUGUCAGAUACCAAGGAAGUUACAUGGGGGUGGAACCAACGAUCCAGACUUUAAGGAGGCCCAGUCGCUGGAGCGAGAUUCCUAUCGUGCUCCAAUACCAAGGUCCCAUUAAUAAACCUCCAUCAGACAAAUCACACCUCACACUGGCUUCAAGCAGAGGAAACACACAGGAUGAGAAAACAGAGGUGAACGUGCACAUCUCAGGACAUGAUCAAUGGUCUCCACCUUUUCCGAUACAGUUUCAGGGUCCCUCAAAGUUUCAGUCGGAGAAAUUUGAUGAGCAUGGAAGGAUCUCUUACAGGCCCAGUCGCUGGAGCGAGAUUCCUAUCGUGCCCCAAAACCAAGGUCCCAUUAAUAAACCUCCAUCAGACAAAUCACACCUCACACUGGCUUCAAGCAGAGGAAACACACAGGAUGAGAAAACAGAGGUGAACAUGCACAUCUCAGGACAUGAUCAAUGGUCUCCACCUUUUCCGGUACAGCUUCAGGGCCCCUCAAAGUUUCAGUCGGAUAAAUUUGAUGAGCAUGGAAGGAUCUCUUACAGGCACAUUGUGCAGAUAAAGAUUCCUACCAAGCUCCAUUUCAGAGGUCCCAUUAAUAAACCUCCAUCAGACAAAUCACACCUCACACUGGCUUCAAGCAGAGGAAACACACAGGAUGAGAAAACAGAGGUGAACAUGCUUCAGGGCCCCUCAAAGUUUCAGUCGGAUAAAUUUGAUGAGCAUGGAAGGAUCUCUUACAGGUUCACAGGCCUGGGUCCCGGUGUAUUCCUGUGUCAGCUGACUGGACUGGGCUUUACAAUGACUCGACAGGGAGAGUUAUUGUUCAGGAUCAUCCAGUGGGACGAGGAACUCCUCCAAGCGGCUGGAAAAGUCCCUGCAGGUCCCCUGUUUAAGAUUGAAGGUACGACCAACGCUGUCUCCCAGCUGCACCUCCUGCACUGUGAACCAAACCCCGCAUGUUCUAAUGGUCUGUCUGUGGCCCACAUGGUCGAGGAGGGAAUGAACAUCCUUGAACCACUGAAGAUAAACGAUACCCAUGUUGUUGUGGAUGUCAGUCACUUCUCUGCCUUUGGCCUGGUUAUAAAUUUCUUCAGAGAUAUCAUUAAAAGACCAAUAAGAAGCCAGGUACUGCUGUUCCACCAUCCGACCUGGACUGAGGACCUCCAAAAAGUCAAUGUCUUCCUGCUGCCAAAAAACAUUCCUCUGGAGGAGGCAAAAUCUCAACAGAGAAAUGCAGAGUACAUUGACGCCACGUCUCUCUGUGAACUGAUUGAAAACCACUGUUACACUCUGGCUUGUCCUGAGUCAACCUUGGUACAACCUAAGAAUUCAAAAUUUUACUCAAGCUUUGAAACAGUAGACCACCCGAACUUUGAAAUUCACCUAAAGCGGACAACCAAGGGCGGCACUGUGGUGGUUAAAGGCCAGGAUGGGACCACUGCGUGGGAAUAUUACAUGACACUCACUGGCUCAGGAGGGACUUCAGCCUCAAGCUCCACCUCCCAGUCAGCCCAACCUCCAGCCAAUGAUCCCUCCUUGGCCCCUCUUCGAGCUGAUGUCUCAGGUCCUGAUUCAACAACACGAGAUCUGCAAACCUCAAAGAAGAAGCUGUUAUCUUUUCGGAAUGGGUUUAUUGAAUCAAUCAGCAUGUCUAAUUUACAUCAACUGAUGGACGAACUUCUGCAGACGUGUGUAAUAAAUGACCGGGAAUACCAGGAUCUUCGAGACGUGGCGCCGACAAGCCGUGCAGCAACUGCACUGAUCGACAUGGUGCGGAACAAAGGAGGAGAGGCUCUUAAAAAAAUGAUGGAGGCUCUUUCUCAAAUAGACCCACAUCUUUAUUCACACCUGAACAGUUGAAGCCGGUACGUUGUCGUUUCAGACUCUGGAGGAGUUUGGAUUCUGCCAUAAAUGGCUUCAAUGUUUUUGUAAAAGGUGAGCAACAUGAAAUGUAUCAGUUUUAGUGUACAGACGAAGGAUGACAGCACAUUUGCUUUGCUGUUUUAUAGCUUAUAGAACAGAAAUACAGUAUUAAUCCCAGAGGGAAUUCUUGUAAUAUUCUGUAGCUCAACAUACAAAUUAACACAGAAUAAAUAACAUCAAUCAAUCAAUCAAUCAAUCAAUCAAUCAAUCAAUCAAUCAAUCAAUCAAACUUUAUUUGUAGAGCACUUUUUCAUAUUUAUAAAAACAAUGCAAAGUGCUGAACAGUAAAAACAAAAGAAUAAAAACCGCACCAUCAAUCAGUA